GUUGCGUGCGUAAAUAUCCGUAAUAUUUCUUAAAAUAAAUGUGCCUGAAGCAAUUUACAAACAAUAUUAUGUGAACUACGUGUUUAAAAUAAAUUUACUUUAAGGAAUAUUAACGAUAUUCACGACACGCAACUGAUAGAAUAAGGAUGAUGAUGUCAUACAGAUUGACGAUUACAACGCUUGACGGAGAAUUACUCCAAAGCAAAUUUUAUAUUUCGUAUUUAAAAGUAAAAUAUUUUAAUUAUUAAUUUUUAAUAAGUUUUAAUGAAUUAUAAUUAAAUUAUCUCGAAUAACGAAGCAUAUAUUAUUUUCCCGGCUCUGUUUUAUAUAUAACAGAAGAAAAAUAAAGCGAUCGAUCAAAAAAUGACCCCCUCCUUCAAUAUUUCUAUAUUUUCGAACUCAGGGAACCUUGAAAUGUCGAUAAAUGCAAAAAUAUUUGGGGUUUUUUUCUGUUAGUAUAGAUGUUAGUGUAUGUGUGUGUUGGGGGGGGGCACGAUUUUUUCACUCUCUUUGAAUCUUAAUUAAUAACUCCUGUGCUUUUUGUCGAAAAUUUUUAAAAUUUUCUGGGAGGUUUGUGUGUUAGAGGAAUUGGUGCUAUUAAAUUUUGGUAGCAAAGAUCAACGGGACAGAGAUAAAGGGGGUCGUAUUUCUUAUCUCGAUUACCAUCGGACUUAAUGACUAGUUAUUAGUACAGUAUUUACAUUUUUUUUAAUAAAACCUAUUUCUAUCCUGAAAAUUAAGUUUUUUGCCAUGUUAUAAUAAUUAAGAAUAUAAAAAGUUUUUAAAUAAAACAUCACAACAGAUGACGCCACACACAUGCAGUUUUAAUAGUUGCCGGGAAAGUUAAGCAACUCGUUGCUGGUUUUUUGAUGGAGUUUAUAUGGACGGAUUAAAAAUGUUAAAAAUUUUAAACGUAAAUCAAUAAAAUAGACGGAAAAUUUCAAUCAUUUAGUAUUAUAAUAAUAAAUUAAUCAAAAAAUAAAUUUAGAAUUGUAUUAAGUUCAACAUAUUCCAAUGUAUCAUUUAAAAUGAAUAUUUUCUCUUAUUUUCCAUCUAUUUUAUUCAAAUGAUUAAUUAUUCUCAUAAGAAAUAGCCUCUACAUGUAACUAAUAUUAAUUAUUUAUUAAGAAUCAUAUCCUGUCAACUCUACUAUGAAAAAUAAAUCAGUAAUGAAAAUAUAAUUAAUAACUUCACAUUGCAGCUAUACCUUACAGAACUCUAACCUAGCUCAUAUACUUAAUUCAAAUCAUAGCAUUAAAAAAAAGAAAACAUGUACACGAAAAUAUAUAUGCUGUGUGGAAAAGAAAGACUCCUCUAAUCUGUCUGCCUGUUUAAUAUCAUGCAACGAAUAUUGGAAAUUAUUAUUACAAUCAAUGACAAAUUAUAAAAUCAUAUCCGUUAUUAUUUUCUCUUAUUUGGUUUAUCUUAGUAUAGCUGCCUGGGGUUUCACUCAAUUAAGUUUCAGAGCUACAUUUAAUAUGGGAUUACUAUAUAAUUCAUAUCAAUAUUCCUAUUUUAAAGCAUACCAAGACAAUUUCCAUCAGUAUCAGUACCGACUGCAAAUAUUUAUUAUGCAAGAACUGGAUUAUGCAGAUCCCGAAAUCCAAACUAAAAUUGAAAAUAUAACGCGGUCGAUCGAAAAUGAUCCGCUGAUUUCUGGGUCCCUCUUUACAGAGUCUUGGUUGAGAAGUUAUCUUCAAUUUAUUAAUCACAAAAAUGUUGUACCCAUGUUACAAAGUUUUAAUUUAACCGAUUCGAAAGACUUUUUAUUAAUUCUUCGAACGUUUUUCUUUCGUCAUCCCGCAGCCAGGAGAUUCAGGAAGGAUGUUGUAUUCGACCAAAAUUAUACGAAAAUCGUUGCCAGUCGUUUUCUUUUCCAAACGAACAUAACCAGAAAUGGAAAUCAAUUUUACGAUCGAGUAAAGAAUUUGAGAAAAACAUUAGAAAAAUCUGAAUAUAGAACAAUUUUAUACCAUCCGUUAUUUUAUUAUUUCGAUGUAUUGGAUGUGAUACCCGUAACAGUCGUUCAAACUCUGACGUUGAUUAGCGUUGUGGUAUUCGUAAUAUCCGCCAUUUUCUUAUCAGACGUUGUUUCUAUUCUUUGCGUAUUGUUGACAAUAUUAUCAGUAAUGUUUGGCGUCGUCGGUUACAUGUCUCUUUGGGAUGUCAGUUUUGGAAUAAUGUCUAUUUCCAUCCUAGUCAUGGUUUGUGGAUUUUCUGUUGAUUAUGCAGCGCACGUGGUUUGUGCCUACAGUUCAUCGAAGGAAACGGAUCCGAAGAAACGCCUGAUCACUGCAGUCGGUUUAACAGGAAUGCCAAUUUUCCAAAGUAGUAUUACAACGAUUUUAGUGGUUAUAGUUUUUGUAACUCGUCCUUCACUAGAAUUUUUCGUUUGUAUGAAAAUCAUAACAUUAGCUUCUCUAAUAUCUGCGAUUCACGGAAUUGUUUUUGUUCCGACAAUCAUGUGUCUCUUGAAUUAUACAUGGGAUCAUUUGUUUCCAAACAAAAGAACUGGAAUAUAUAAUUUAAAUAUGGAAAAAUCGAGUAACAUUGGACUUUGUAAUGCUACAUUUAAAAAUUCGGAUAUUACUUAAUAUAUUUGUAUAAACUGUUGAUCGAGUUCGAUAACAUGUAUAGAAUUAUUAACUUAGAAAUAAUUAAUAAAUUAAGAUUAAAGUUAAAGUUUUUAAAUCAAAUGAAAUAUUAAUGUUUUCAACUUGAGAAGUAUUUAAAACUUAUCUGUAUUAUAUUUUUGCUUGAACAUAUCCAUUUUGUAGAAUUUGUAACGUGAACUAUUUGAAUAUAAUGAAAUUAAAA